CACUUGGCUGAUGGACAGGAAAAUAAGUUAAGCAAACUAUUUCUUUCCUGCCGUUUCCCUUCACUAAAGAGGCCAUUAACAAUAGCAGGAAAUAGCAGGAAAUAUAUCUGGACCUUUCCACACCUCCUUUGGGUUUAUGAAAGCGCUUGGCAGGAAGGAAAAAUCAGUGAGUUCUGUGAUCUGCAGAUCCCACAUGAUACAAAACACACAAGGCUAGGUUUCCAGACGUAAGAGAUGGUGAUACUGAAAUGGCAUUUCAAUAUGGGAUGCUUGAUGCUGGUGCUACUGAUGAUGAUCGCCAGAAAGGUGAAUACUAUGGCCCAGUGCCCUGACAGCUGUACCUGCCUCUUGCCCCAGCAACACAUCUUUUGCUCCAAUGCUAGCCUCACAUCACCACCAUCUCAGCUGAACAACAACACAGUUGAACUUCACCUCCAACACAACCAUUUUGUGGUACUUCAUCCCAGAUUUAUACAGGACUUGCCUCAGCUUAGAAGCCUCCAUCUCAGCAACUGUAACAUUAGCACCAUACAGUCGGAUGCCUUCGUGGAGGUGACGAGUAUUCACUAUUUGUACCUGGACAGUAAUCAGUUAAGCAGCUUUGAGGAUGGAGCAUUCAACAAUCUGACCAGCCUGAUAUACCUACAGCUGUCAAAAAACAAGAUCACUUACAUACAACCAGGUUUGUUUGCAGAUCUUACAGAACUAAGUAAUCUACACCUAAGUCACAACAUGCUUUAUGAGUUAGCUGACCAAACCCUGGCUGGUGUGACUGGGUUACACUGGCUGGACUUAGGCUACAAUUUCAUCUCUAAUAUAUCUUCAAACUCCUUUAAGGACAUGGUAUAUCUCAGAAGGCUGAACCUUGAGAUGAACAACCUUAGCAGCAUACCAUUAUCCCUCUCUUCUAUAAGAGGUCUUCAGAUGCUGCGACUGAGUGGUAACAACAUUAAAAGAGUGUCUGCAGGGUCAACUGGAAGAAGGCUCAGAUUUCUCACAGAACUGUACUUGGACGGGGUGGGUUUGGAGACUGUGAGUCCUUUGAGCUUUUCUAAACUACGCAGGCUAGAAGUUCUGGAUCUGAGAAAUAACAGCCUGCAAAACCUUCCAAUUUCUCGGCUUAAGGCCUUCACAAAAAUGUACCUAACUGGCAACCCUUGGAGAUGUGAUUGCUCAAUCAUAAAGCUACACACGCGACUUGCAGGAAGAAAGGAAAAGGACCCAGAACAGCAAGUACUAUGUCAGAGCCCAAAAGCACUGGAGGGCAAAAACCUUAUUUCUGUACAUUUGGACCUGCUCACCUGUCCAGGAUUUGGUGAAGCGUCUGUAAAUACUGCAACUCCCGUCUUUCCUGAUGGAAGCAGAAUAACACAGCCACCUAUAAUUACAAUGGCAGCUACUUCUAAAACUACAAUGGCAUUCAAAACCUCCACAACUAAACAGUUAUUUCAGUCUACCACUUUAGCCAAUGAAGUAGAUGUAGAUUUGCGGGACCCAUGUCUAUCUGACCACAUUUCCGAUGUCUCUGUGGCUGCCUUGGGGCAAGAAUCUCUGAUAGUUUCAUGGUCUGUAUCUGGUUAUUACAACCAAUUUCAAGUACGCUAUAGUGCCGGGGAUGAGGAGUCUACAUUAGAUGUCAUUGGAGAGCUCAGGCAAGUUCAACUUUAUCAUCUUCACGCCGACACCAACUACAUAGUCUGCAUUAUACCACAAAGCAUAGACAUCUUUAAAUGCCAUGACCCAAAACCUAUGCAGUGUGAGUAUGGUAAAACAAACAGCGCUCUUGAGCAGCCACAGCAGGUCUAUUCUCCCUCCAAGACCACCCCAUCACCCUUUGUGACCACUGGUGUUUCUGUAGCUGUGGUAGUGCUGGUGGCCGCCGUUGUAUUUAUUGCAUACACCCUACGCUCACAUAAAAUAAACUUUCAACGUUACUACAAUGAAGAGGAAGCAGAUCGUGUCGGAAAGCAAACAUCCGACCCAUAUAAACUGUAUUGCACGGAUGACAACACUGAAGAUGACAGACAAAUGUAUGUGACUGCAGCAAGUUUAUGGGGAAUGGAUAAUGAUAAGUAUGACUGUAAUUUAGCGGAACCUGUGUCUUUAUCUUCAGUUGCAAAUUAUGCCUCCCUUUAGUUGAUUGUUAAUAAAUGUUUACCCACUGAUUAAAAAUAUAGUGCAUCAGAAA